AUGUCGCAAAGAUCAUCAAGUGGAUCAAUAAAAAACAAUCGAGAUAUUGAAGAUAUCAAUCAGUAUGAACCAGUUAACCAUGAUUUACAUUCAAUAGAUAAUCAUUUUAAUAAAUUUAAUCAACAAUAUUAUUUUAUUGAAAAUUCAUCAAAUAAUUCAAAUCAAAAUAAUUUUAUUCAUCAAACAGAUGAUAGAAUUGUAAAUAAUGAAAAAGAUAAAAUUGAAAUGUUAAAUAAUGAAAAUAAAUGUGAUGUAUUAUUAUCAUCAUCAUCAUCAUUAGUAAAAAUAAAUCCACGUAAAUCAUAUUUAUCUUCAUUAGUUGUUUUACCAUAUAUAACAACAAGAAAAGAUAAUUUUAAAUCAAUUAAAUCUUAUUGUUCUCUUAAUAAUAUUUCAAAAUUAAAUAAAACAAAUAUUAAACCAAAAUCAAAAUCUUAUUCAUUACCAUUAUCACAAUAUGAUAAAACUAAAUCAAUUUGUUAUUAUUCGAAUUUAUCAAGUCAUCAAUCAAUUGAUAUAAUUAAAGAUAAUAAUAAUAAUAAUAAUAAUUAUUCAAAUGAAUAUUUAUAUGAAAGUAAUAAUUCAAUUAUAUCAAAAUCUAAUCAACAAUCAAUGAAAACAACACGAAUUAAAUUAAGUUUACCAUUAUUAUCAAAUGGUUUAAAUAAUCGUCGUCGAUAUAAUCAUAGAAGAAAUAUAAAUGAAAAUCGAAUUCAAGGUGAAUUUACAUUACCAACAGAUCCUCCAAUAACAGUUACAAUUCAACCACAAAAUAAUAUUAAUGAUAAUAUUGAAAAACAAACAUCAUUACAUGAUGAUCAUAUUUAUUCACCUGAUCAUAUACAUUAUUUAAAUAAAAAACGAAUUAGUAUUGAUCAAUCAUUAAAAGGUACAUCAACAAUAGUUAAUUAUUUUAUGGAUCUUUUAAAACCAAGUGAUAAUAAAUUAGCUAUGAAAUUAUUUGGAAGUCGAAAAGGUGUACUUAAAGAACGUUUAAGACAACAAAGAUCUGGUCAUUGUAUUAUACAUCCAUGUUCGAAUUUUCGUUUUUAUUGGGAUUUAAUUAUGUUGAUAUUAUUAAUAACAAAUGUUAUUGUAUUACCAGUAGCUAUUGCUUUUUUUAGUGAAGAUAUUAAUUCAGCACGUUGGAUUACAUUUAAUGUUAUUUCUGAUGCUUUUUUUCUUUUUGAUAUUGUUGUAAAUUUUCGAACAGGUGUAUUAAGAAAUGAUUAUAUUGAUGAAAUAAUUCUUGAACCACGUUUAAUAGCAAUGCAUUAUAUUAAAACUUGGUUUAUCAUUGAUUUACUUAGUUCAUUACCAAUUGAUUAUUUAUUUUUAUUUUUUGAUAGUGGUGAUCAUUCAGGUGGUUAUACAAUAGCUCGAACUGGUAGAGCUAUUAAAGUUCUUAGACUUGUUAAAUUAUUAUCAUUAUUAAGAUUACUUAGAUUAUCACGUCUUGUUAGAUAUAUUCAUCAAUGGGAAGAGUUUUUAUCAAUAGCAAGUAUGGUUAUGCGUAUUCUUAAUUUAAUAGCAUUAAUUAUAUUAUUGGCGCAUUGGAAUGGUUGUUUACAAUUUAUGAUACCAAUGUUUCAAAAUUUUCCAUCAGAUUGUUGGGUUGCAUUGAAUGGUCUUCAAAAUGCUCCAUGGACAGAACAAUAUACAGUUGCAUUAUUUAAAGCUCUUUCACAUAUGUUAUGUAUUGGUUAUGGUCGUUAUCCUCCUCAAUCUUAUGUUGAUAUGUGGUUAACAAUGCUUUCAAUGGUUAUUGGAGCAAUGGGUUAUGCUGUUACUAUUGGACAUGUAUCAGCACUUGUUCAAAGUUUUGAUACAUCAAGACGUUUAUAUAAUGAAAAAUUUAAACAAGUUGAAGAAUAUAUGGCAUGGAGAAAAUUACCUCGAGAAAUGCGUAAUAGAAUAUCAGAUUAUUAUGAACAUCGUUAUCAAGGAAAAAUCUUUCAUGAAGAUUCUAUUUUAAGGGAACUUUCCGAAAGAUUAAGAUUGGAUGUUGUUAAUUAUAAUUGUCGUUCUCUUGUAUCAUCAGUGCCUUUUUUUGCUAAUGCUGAUCCAAAUUUUGUUUCUGAUGUUGUUACAAAAUUACAUUUUGAAGUAUUUCAACCAGGUGAUCAAAUAAUUAAUGAAGGAACAAUUGGAAAUAAAAUGUAUUUUAUUCAAGAAGGUGUUGUUGAUAUAAUUAAAUCAGAUGGACAAGUUUUAACAACAUUAUCUGAUGGAUCUUAUUUUGGAGAAAUAUGUUUAUUAACACGAGCUAAACGUGUAGCAAGUGUUCGUUGUGUAACAUAUUGUAAUUUAUAUUCAUUAGAUUCAAGUCAAUUUGAAAGUGUUCUUGAAUCAUAUCCAUUAAUGAGAAGAACAAUGGAAUCAGUUGCUGCUGAAAGACUUAAUAAAUUAGGAAAAAAUCCUUCAAUUAUAUCAACACGAUAUGAUUUAAAACGUGAUGCAGCUGCAUUAAAAGAUAUGAUUGAUCGUGUAACACCUCAACCAUCAAGUGAUGAAUCUUCUCAAAGUGAUUCAUCAUCAAUAUUAUCAAAUCAAAAUAAAAAAAAUGAUUUUAAAUCUUCAUUAUCACAUUUACAUGAAGAAUUUAAAAAAUCAUUUAUUAAAAAACGUUCAAAUAGAAAUCGAAGAAAAACUUCUUUAGAACAUAAAAAAAUAAAAAAUCUCUCACGAAAUUAUUUAUCGGCACCUAAGUCAAAUUCAAUUGAAAAUCAAAUUAAAAAAUCUCCGUCCACACCUUUUUCUUCUUUACAUUAA